GCGGCGGCGAAGGGGAGUUGAAGGUGCGCGGCGUCUCCGGCCAUGCCGGGCCCGGUGGAGGUUCCCUCGGUGGAGGAGCUGGAUGUGCCGGAGCUGGCAGUUGGCACCGCAGUCCUGAAGGCGGGUGCCCACCACUAUGGCUCGCAGUGUGACCGGAUCAACAAGGAGUUCAUGCUGUGCCGUUGGGAGGAGAGGGACCCCCGGAAGUGCUUGAACGAGGGCCGGGCCGUGAGCAAGUGCGCCGUGGACUUUUUCAGGCAGGUCAAGCUGCACUGUGCCGAACCCUUUAACCAAUACUGGAACUGCCUGGACGAGUCCAACAUGUUGCAGCUUCGGCAUUGUCGGGAGCAGCAACAACUCUUCGAUGACUGCGUGCUGGACAAGCUGGGCUGGGUGAGGCCAGAGCUGGGGCAGCUGUCCAAGGUCACUAAAGUGAAGACUGUCCGUCCCAUACCUGAGAACCCCUGCCAUUCCCAAAUGAGACCAACAGCCAACCCAUUGACUGAAGGCGAGUACAAGCCUGCGAAAUACGGUAGCCGAGGCUAUUUCUGGAGCUGGUAGGAGAAAGAAAUCACACCUGUGCAGGUACACCAGCCACUACACGAAAACAGGCUUCUUUGUGGAUUGUAGAUUAUUCUCCUCGAUGUUGGAUGGCUCUUAUGUGUACUCAGCGGUCAUUAAAUACAUAUUCUUUAAAAGUC